UGUUGUGUUGAGUGUAAAUUGUAAACACGCGCAUGAAAAUGGGCGCAACUAAAAAUUUGGAUCUUAUCGGCACCAUUGAAGAUGAUGCCGAGGUUGAAAAUCUAUCCGAAGAUUCGGAUGCUGAAGUAGAAUAUCAACCGACCAAGCUACGGCAUAAAAAGGUGACCGAAUUCGAGAAGGGCUUUGAGUUCGUUUCGUCGGUAAAGGAAUAUAAUCAGGACACUUGGGAUGAUCUGAUGAAAUAUGUGAAGCGCAAGGCGCGCACAAAGACAGACGAUAAGAUCGCCGUUCGUCUGCAGAAGCGAGGCGGCGCCGAGGCUGUGGCCGCCGAGCAGAGCGAUGAGGAGAUUGCGCUAUCCGAGGAUGAGCUGAAGCAUGAUAAUUUGCGACUUCGUGAGAAGAAGCAGAGUAAGAACAAGAAGAAGAAAUCAGCGGUGGAUGCGGAGGAGGAGGAAGAAGGCGAGAAAAUGCAAUUCGAUGAUACUGUGGAGUCCAAUGAGACGAUUACAUCGUUCUAUCAAAUGAAUCUAUCGCGACCGCUGAUGCGCGCCAUCGGUGUGCUGGGCUACAUCUAUCCCACGCCCAUUCAAGCCUCCACCAUACCCGUGGCACUGCUGGGCCGCGACAUUUGCGGCUGCGCGGCCACCGGCACAGGCAAAACGGCCGCCUAUAUGCUGCCCACCGUGGAGCGUCUGCUCUACCGGCCGCUCAACAACAAGGCCAUCACACGCGUUCUGGUGCUGGUGCCCACGCGUGAGCUGGGCGCCCAAGUCUACCAGGUGACCAAACAGCUCUGCCAGUUCACCAGCAUUGAAGUGGGCCUGGCCAUCGGCGGUCUGGAUGUUAAGGCCCAGGAGACUGUGCUGCGUCAGAAUCCAGAUAUUGUAAUUGCCACACCGGGUCGUCUGAUCGAUCACAUCAAGAAUACGCCAAGUUUCACGUUGGAUUCCAUUGAGGUGCUCAUUCUGGAUGAAGCCGAUCGCAUGCUUGACGAGUAUUUUGCGGAGCAAAUGAAGGAGAUUAUCAAUUCCUGCUGCAAGACGCGUCAGACGAUGCUCUUCUCGGCCACGAUGAGUGAGCAGGUCAAGGAUCUGGCCGCCGUCUCGCUGGACAAGCCCGUCAAGGUCUUCGUCAACAACAAUCAACAGGUUGCGUUCAAUUUGAGGCAGGAGUUUAUACGCAUACGCGAGGACAAGGAGGGCGAUCGCGAGCCCAUCUUGGCCAGCUUGAUUUGUCGCACCUUUCACGAUCAUUGCAUGGUCUUUGUGCAGACCAAGAAGCAGGCGCAUCGGCUGCACAUACUCCUCGGACUGCUGGGCGUGCGAGCCGGCGAGCUCCAUGGCAAUUUGACGCAGCAGCAGCGUCUGGAAUCGCUUAAGAAGUUUAAAGAGGAACAAAUUGAUGUGCUCAUUGCCACCGAUGUGGCGGCACGUGGUCUGGACAUUGUGGGCGUCAAGACAGUCAUCAACUUUGUGAUGCCCAUCACCACGGAGCACUACAUCCAUCGAGUGGGUCGUACGGCGCGUGCCGGGCGGGCAGGUAUCUCUGUAUCGCUAGCUGGAGAGAAGGAGCGCAAGAUUGUUAAGGACAUUAUCAAGAAUGCCGAGAGUACCGUGAAGAAUCGCAUAAUACCACCAGAGAUUAUUGAGAAGUAUCGUAACAAGCUGACGGCGCUGGAACCCGAAAUACAGAACAUACUGGAUGAGGAGCAGGCGGAACGUCAGCUGGCCAAAACUGAACAGCAGCUGUCCAAAACGGAACGCAAGUUGCUGGGACAGCCGAACGAGAGGCGCACCUGGUUCCAGACCAAACAACAGCGAGAGAAUGAAAAAGCUCGUCUAGCUCUCACAAACGAUGACGAGGCGCCACCAGCAACAGCAGGCGGAUCUAAAGGAGGUAAAGGCAAGACAGCAGGCAAACGUAAACGGCCAGAAUACGGCGGAGAUGGCGAGGAUGGUCCGCCUGUUAAAGAGCUGGAGGCCAAGCGGAAAAAGAAGAAGAAGGAGGAGCCCAAAAAGAAGACGCCUGAACAGAUGGCCAAGGAGCGCGCUAUGAGGGAAAUCGAAAAGGUUUCGCUGGUGCGCGCCAAAAUGGCCAAGUUACGGAAACGACCUGGCAAACUGGGUGCAGCCACCGAGACCAGCAAAUAUGCCAGUCCAGCCGGAGGCAAACCCAAGCGACGAGGUGUACAAUCCGCCUUUACCAAUGAUUUAACUGAUGUCAGUCGGGGCGGCGCACUUCGUUUAAGAUCCGAGGCCAACCGACACAAGAAGAUGACGAAAAUUGCUGCCAAGAAGAAAACGAGCAACGUCAAACUAACAAAUAAGGCGGGUAAAAAUAAAUUCAACAAGGGCAAGAAUUUUGGUGGGCCGCGAUUUGCCAAAAAGGGCAACAAGAAAUGAUCAUAUGUGUAAAAU